AUGGUUGCAACGGAGGAAAACGUUACGACGGAAGUGGAUGAGGCAACUGCCUUCAAGGAACGUGGUAAUGCGGAAUUUAAGGAAGAUUGCUGGGAGGCAGCGAUCAAGUGGUACACGAAAGCGGUCCAUGCUGGUGAGAAGCAUAAGGAUUUGUCGGUAUUCUACAAAAACCGUGCGGCUGCAUACUUGAAAUUGGAGCAGUAUGAAAACGCUCACAAGGAUUGCACCCGCUCGCUGGAAAUCUGUCCCAACGAUCCGAAAGCAUUGUUUCGCCGGUUUCAAGCGUUCGAAGCUUUGGAGCGGUUUGAAGAAGCGUACAAAGACUUGCGGACGAUUCAUACCCAUGAUCCGAAUAAUAGAACGAUCAAACCCCAUCUGGAACGGUUGCAUGCAAUCGUGCAGGAGCGCGCUAGGGAACGAGCCCAGACAUCGAACAAGGUGACGAAAAUGUUCGAAAUUGCUUUCGAUAUCGCAGCACCAAAGGACAAGCGUGAGCAGGCGAUGGGUAAUAUCGUUGUGCUAGGGCGCGAGCAAGCCGGUGUGGAAGUAAUGAUGAAGGAAGGUUUGGUCACACGCAUCGGCAAGUUGCUGAAGGUGGAAAAAAACAACGAAAUCAUCACGAAUGCGAUUCGAGCGAUUGAUGGUGUGUGCCUGAAGAGUGCAGAACGUACGAAGCAGGUCAUUAACGAGCUCGGAAUUCCAUGGUUUCUGCAAAUUCUUGACUGCAACGUAGAGGAGCGCGUUGCAGCUUCCCAGCACUGCAUGCAAACCGUGCUGAACUCAAUUUCGGGCUUGGAAAACAAGGAAGAUUCCAAACCGAACGAUGCGCUGGUAAAGGAAAAUCAGCAAAUCAUCGAAACGCUGCUCACUUGCCUACUGUACUCAGUUACUGAUCGCACGAUCACGGGAAUGGCUCGAGAUUCUAUAAUGGAGCUGCUGAUUCGUAACGUUCACUGGAAGACGCUAAACUGGGCGGAACGGUUGGUCGAACUUAAAGGAUUGAUGCGGCUGAUGGAGGUGUGCUCCGAGCUGGAAGAGUACAAGUACGAAAGUGCGAUGUACAUUACGCCAUCGUCGCGCACGAUCGCCACCGUAUGCUUGUCGCGCAUCUACGAAAACAUGUACUACGAUCAGGCCCGUGAGCGGUUCACGGAGCAGAUUGCCGAUUUCGUGAAGGAUAAGCUGCUUACGCCCGAUCACGAGUCGAAGGUGCGUGUUACGGUUGCUAUCACCUCUUUGUUGCUCGGACCGCUGGAUGUUGGCAACACGAUCGUUUCGCGUGAAGGUGUUCUUCAGAUGAUUCUCAUCAUGGCUCAGUCCGAUAAUUUGCUGGAACAGAAAGUGGCCUGCGAGUGUUUGAUUGCUGCUGCCUCAAAGAAGGACAAAGCAAAGGGUUUGGUGCAGUCGGGAGCAGAAAUCUUGAAGAAGUUGUACAGCUCGAAGAACGAGGAGAUUCGCGUCCGUGCCUUGGUAGGUCUGUGCAAGAUUGGCAGUUCGGGUGGUUUGGACGCAUCAAUUCGUCCAUUUGCCGACGGAUCGACGAAGAAGCUGGCGGAAGCAUGUCGUCGGUUUUUGGUGAAACCGGGCAAGGACAAGGACAUCCGCAAGUUUGCCGCUGAAGGUCUCGCGUACCUAACGCUCGAUGCGGAGGUGAAGGAAAAGCUGGUGGAAGAUCGUGCCGCUAUUCAGGGUUUGAUUGAGCUAGCGAAAACCGGUGACCAGUCCGCACUGUACGGUGUAGUUACGACGCUGGUGAAUCUGGUGAAUGCAUACGACAAGCAGGAGAUGGUACCGGAGUUGAUCGAGCUGGCUAAGUUCGCCAAACAUCACAUCCCUGAAGAGCACGAACUAGACGAUCCGGACUUUGUGAGCGCUCGUGUUAUCGUACUGGCAAACGAGGGCGUUACCUCCGGUUUGGUUGCACUUUGCAAAACGGAAAGCGAUAAUUCGAAAGAAAUGAUUGCCCGUGUCUUUAACGCGCUGUGCAGCGAACAGGAAACACGUGGCAAGGUGGUACAGCAGGGCGGUGCGAAGGUGCUGCUUCCACUUUCACUAAACGGAACGCCCAACGGUAAGCGGCACGCUGCUCAGGCACUGUCGCGCAUUGGAAUCACCAUCAAUCCGGAAGUUGCCUUCCCGGGCCAGCGCAAUCUGGAAGUGAUUCGUCCGUUGAUGAACCAACUCCAUCCCGAUUACACUUCGUUGGAAAACUUUGAAGCUUUGAUGGCGCUGUGCAAUCUGGCUGCGAUGAACGAAUCCACCCGGCAGCGUAUCAUGAAGGAGCAGGGCAUAGUGAAGAUCGAAUCGUACAUGGGAGAGGAUCAUUUGAUGCUGCGUCGUGCCGCGACCCAGGUUAUGUGCAACAUGGUGCAAUCACCGGAUGCGGUAGAGCUGUUCGAAAAGCAAAACGAUCGAGUAAAGAUGCUCGCGCUGCUCUGCGAAGAAGAGGAUGAGGACACUGCCCUGGCGGUGUCGGGUGCUCUUGCCUAUCUCACUGCCGUUUCGGAGCGUUGCUGCGAGAAGAUGUUUGAACCAUCGGCCUGGUUGAACGUGUUUCACACGUUGGUUGCUAAUCCGAGCCCUGGUGUGCAGCAUCGGGGCAUCGUGAUCAUUCGGAACAUUAUCAAGACAAGCAAACAGCUGGCCUCGAAGUUGUUCGACACGGAUCUGCUACAGAUGCUGUACGGUGUGACACAGCUGAACGACGAAACGCGGGCAAAGGCUAUCGAAUGUGCGCAGGAAUGUUUAAAGCUAGCGGAAGAAUAUCGAUUGAUUCAGGAAAAUGCCGAUUCGGAUAUGGCACCUGAUGUCUUCAAGGAGCAGGAAGCCACGAUCGAAGAAAUCGACAACUGA